GCAAAUCUUUCUGUCCCUCUUUCUAUUUUCCAAAAUGUUGGGAGGUAUAGUCAAGUUAAAACAUAAUGCAUAAUGACUGUAUAAAUCACAAAAUCAACUAAAUAAACUUUGCUAAAGUUUCUGCAAUUCAAAUCUGUAUCCCUUUAUAUAACUAAGGAGUUAAACCACCCACAGGCUGCAUUGUUCUCCUAACCGCCUAUCAUCUUCCCACAGGAACUAGAGAUAACAACAAGUCAACCUUUGCCCAGGGCGAUGAACGACUUUCAGUUUCAUUUCUUGCAGCCGCCAAGCCUCUAAACGUCUCCUUAACCUCAAAGAUGGCAGCAGCUGCAGAUCUGAGGGACGAGCUGAACUGUUCCGUUUGUCUGGAUAUCUAUACCGAUCCUGUAAUGCUACCGUGUGGCCAUAACUUCUGCCUGAGCUGCAUCAAAUCCGUGUUGGCUUCCCAGGGGAACACUGGAGUGUACACCUGCCCGGAAUGCAGAGUGAAGUUCAAGGGCCGUCCUGCCGUAUGUAGAAACCGGAAGCUGAGUAACAUUGCGGAAUAUUUUCAUUCUUCUCAGGACGACACUGGGAUUAUGUGCUCCUACUGCCACUCUCCUGUCCCUGCUGUAAAAACAUGUCUGCACUGUGAAGCUUCUUUGUGUGAAAGCCACCUCAAGAAGCACACCAGGUCACCAGAGCACAUCCUAUGUGAACCAACCACAUCCCUGGAUAGCCGAAAAUGCCCCAUCCAUAAGGAGCUGCUAAAGUAUUAUUGCUUGGAACAUGGCGUCUGCAUCUGCACGUCCUGCUGCCUGGUCGGAGAACACAGAGGUCAUCAGGUGGAGCAGCUCCAUGAGACCUCUGAGAUAACAAAGAAGAAGCUGGCAAUUAUUCUUUACAAGAUGACAACCAUGAGGGAGGAGGUUGUAAAGAACAUCGAGACCCUAAAUGAGCGAAUGAGAGACAUUGAGGAUGGAUCAGCAAGUGUUGCAGAUAGAAUCACUGCCUUUUUUGGGGAUCUCAGAGAACAUCUGCAAGGCCUAGAGAGUCAACUCCAGCUAGAGGUAAGCAUGCAUGAAGACAAGGCGUUACUCCACAUUUCUAAGCUAAUCCAACAGCUGGAAAAAAAGAAAGCUGAUCUAUGUGAAAAAAUGCGCCACCUUGAGGACGUUUGUAGCGCGACCGAUCCCCUGACUGUACUGAGAGAAGGUCAGCCGAUAUGUCAUGGGGAGGAAGUUGAUGGUGAAAAACAAGAUGUUGAUAUCCUCUCCGCGGGACAUAUGGAUGAUACGGCUAUAUCAAUCACUUUGCAGAGGAACCUUCAGAAUUUAACUGAUAUCAUAUCAGGUUUGAAGGCAAAAAGAGGCUUUUCCGUUCAUAAGGAGACAGAUGUGCUUUUUGACGUUGGCACAGCUAGCAAUCAUAUAUCUGUAUCUGAUAACCUAAAAACGGCUUUUUAUUGUAAUGAAAGACAAAGCCGCCCAUGCACGGCCGACAGAUUCACCAACAAUCAGAUUCUAAGUACCAAAUCCUUUGCUGGAGGCCAACAUUACUGGGAAGUGGAGUCCAGUCAGUCAAGAGGCUGGAGUGUUGGUGUUGCCUAUCCCAGUUUACAGAGGAGGGGCAUUGAUGCUUGUUUAGGGCUAAAUGAAAAGUCCUGGUGCGUGUGCAUGUCUGGCAAGGACCUGACGGCCAUGUUUAACUCCAGCACAACCUCUAUAGAUAGUAAUUUCCAAAAUGGACCAAUUGGAAUUUACCUAGAUUAUGACGCUGGGCUUCUCUCCUUUUACAAGGUUAGUUUUCCCAUCGAACACUUACACUCUUUCACGGCAACCUUCACAGAGCCCCUCCAUGCAGCUUUCUUUAUUGAUAAGGAAGAAAGUAUCAUGAUAAAGAGUUAGGCGAGGUUCCUUACAAAUGCAAUUUUAUAUUGUCAUCCAGCCAGGACCGCCAUCAGAAAUCACAGGGCCCCAUACGACAAAAUU